UGCAGAAAAAAAAAAAAAAAACCUGAAAUAAGAACCAAAGAAAAUACAGAGCAAAGCUGGAGACCCAGACUUUCCACAACCCCAUCAAAGUAAAAAAAAAAGAACUUUCUCCUCCAGAGGCAAAGACUCCUUUUUCUCCAAUAGAAAUAACACAUUUUUCUUUAUUUUUUAGUCCAAAAAUAAUCAAAAUUUUUUUCUACCCUUAAGAAACAGAGAGAGUGAUUUUUGGUCGUUUGGGUGGACUCUUUCAAGAAAAGAGAGAUAUUUCUGUUGUUGGAUUGUUUUUGUUUUCUCAGGAAACAAACAUGAAAUGUUAUCUGUUUUGUAAAGAUUUGAUCUUGUUUGUGUUUCAACUGUUUGUUGUCUUCUCCUUGGUUUCAGGGAAGUUGGUUCCUGAGAAAAGAAUCUUGUUAGAGUUCAAAAGUUCUGUUUUUGAUCCUUCUGGGAUUCUUUCAAGCUGGAACUCUUCAAAGAACCCAAAUCACUGCUCCUGGUUUGGAGUUUCAUGCAAUUCAAGGUCUCAGGUCAUUUCCAUCAACAUCCCUGGUGGUUGUGGUGAAGGUUUUAAAGGUAACUUUACUCAAGCUUGUUCUUGUUCUUCAAAGCUGUCUAAGUUUCCAUUUUAUGGUUUUGGAUUGAGAAGGAGGGCAUGUUCGAAUGGGAAAUUAGUGGGAAACCUGUCACCUUUGAUUGGUAACCUUAAGGAACUUAGAGUUUUGUCUCUUGCAUUUAAUGACUUUGGUGGUGAACUUCCUUUAGAAAUAUGGGGUUUAGAGAAAUUAGAAGAACUUGAUCUUGAAGGGAAUUCAUUUACUGGGAAGUUGCCUAAUGAGUUUGUGGGGUUGAGAAAUUUGCGGGUUUUGAAUCUUGGAUUUAAUGAACUAGAAGGGGAGAUUUCAGGAUCUUUGUCAAAAUGUGUGGAUUUGGAGGUUUUCAGUUUAGCUGGGAAUAAACUGAAAGGGUAUAUGCCUGGUUAUUUUGGUAGUUUCUAUAAGUUAAAGGGGCUUUAUUUGUCUAAUAAUCAGCUAAAUGGGUUGAUGCUUGAUGAUUUUGGAGGUAAUUGUCGGUAUCUAGAGCAUCUUGAUCUGUCAGGGAAUUUCCUAGUUGGGAGUAUUCCCAGUAGUUUGGGGAAUUGUCGACAGUUACGGACUCUUUUGUUGUUUUCGAACAUGUUGGAUGGUGUUAUUCCUAAUGAGCUUGGUCAGCUGCAUAAGCUUGAGAUUCUUGAUGUUUCUAGAAACAACCUUAGCGGUUUGAUCCCCAUGGAGCUUGGAAAUUGUGUUAAGUUGUCGGUUCUUGUCCUUUCUAAUCUCUUUGAUCCUGUGCUGACUGGGAAGAGUUCAAGUGAAGAGCUGUCCUUUAGAUUGCUGCUUGCUACUACCAAUGAGUAUAAUCAUUUUCAAGGCUCCCUUCCAGUGGGACUUACAACCCUUCCAAAGCUUAAAGUACUUUGGAUGCCCAAGGCGAAUCUUGAGGGUAAGUUACCAAGAAAUUGGAGUGCUUGUGAGAACUUGGAAAUUGUGAACUUAGCUCAGAACCACUUCAGAGGGGAAAUCUUGGGAGUAUUCAAUGGAUGCAAGAAACUACAACAUCUAGAUUUGAGCUCGAACAGGCUAACUGGGGAGCUCAAUGAGAAACUUCCAGUUCCUUGUAUGACACUUUUUGAUAUCAGUGGAAACCUCAUGUCAGGAUCAAUCCCUAGGUUUAAUUACAGUGUAUGCCCCUGCUUUUUCUCCUUGAGUUAUGAACUUCGCCAAGCCCAUGAUCCAGCUUCUGUGUAUCUGUCAUUCUUUACAUAUAAAAUACAUCUUACAAUGCUUUUGCCAUUUUCUGGUUCUAAAGCUGUGUUGAUUCACAAUUUUGGUGGAAAUAACUUCUCGGGUUCUCUCCCACGGCUACCAAUUGCACCAACAAGAUUGGGUAAGCAGACUGAUUAUGCAUUUCUUGCUAGUGGAAACAAGCUCACUGGAUCAUUUCCUGGAAGUUUAUUUGGAAACUGUAAUAAGCUCCAUGGGAUGAUUGCUAAUGUUAGCAAGAACAGAUUGUCUGGUCAUAUUCCGCCAGGAAUUGGUGCAAUCUGCAGAUCACUUAGAUUUUUGGAUGUCUCUGAGAAUCAGAUUGCGGGGGUGAUUCCCCAAAGUUUCAGGGACUUGAAGUCUCUUGUUUUCCUUGACCUAAGUGGAAAUAAAUUUAGAGGUCCGAUUCCUGAAGGGCUCCAUCAGUUGAAGCAUCUCAAACAUCUCUCCUUGGCAAGCAACAAUCUGACUGGUGCCAUUCCUUCUAGUUUUGGGCAGUUUCGCUCCCUUGAAGUAUUAGAACUUUCGUCAAAUUCGCUAUCUGGUGAGAUUCCACGAGGUCUUGUCAAUCUGAGAAACCUAACAUCUCUUCAGCUCAACAAUAAUAAACUCUCAGGGGAAAUCCCUUCUGGUUUGUCUAACAUGAAAUCACUUUCUAUGCUUACUUUCAACAACCUCUCAGGUUCAUUACCAUUGAAUGGUGAUGCUGUGAAUUCUACCAGCGAUCAUGGAAAGCCUUUCCUUCAUUCACACUAUGUAUUCUCGCUUUCUGUUCGAUCUGUUGAUGUGACAACAGACACUGAAGAUUCACAAACUGGUGUACCUUCUCCUUCGGGUAACACAACUGUUAACAAAAGUUUAGAUUCCAUCGAGAUUGCAUCCAUAGCAUCUGCCUCUGCCAUAGUUUCAGUUCUUCUAGUUCUAGUUGUCCUCUUCUUUUACAGCAGGAAAUGGGUUCCAACAUCCAGGGUUCAGGUUUCUGAAUCAAGGGAAAUUACAGUUUUUGUUGACAUUGGGGUUCCAUUUACAUAUGAAACUAUCGUGCAGGCAACAGUGAAUUUUAGUGCCAGCAAAUGCAUUGGUAGUGGAGGUUUUGGUGCCACUUACAAGGCUGAAAUAGCUCCAGGAACCCUAGUGGCUGUGAAAAGGCUUGCUGUUGGAAGGUUCCAAGGUGUUCGGCAGUUCCAUGCUGAGAUAAAGACCCUUGAAAGUAUGAGACAUCCUAAUCUUGUAACUCUAAUAGGGUACCAUGCCAGUGAGACGGAGAUGUUUCUCAUAUAUAAUUAUUUGUCACGUGGUAAUUUAGAAAAUUUUAUUCAGGAAAGGUCCACAGAAGCUGUAGAUUGGAAGAUUAUUCACAAGAUUGCUCUGGAUAUAGCCCAUGCACUUGCAUAUCUGCAUGACCAAUGCACUCCAAAGGUUCUGCACCGUGAUGUCAAGCCAAGUAACAUAUUGUUGGACAAUGAUUGUAAUGCUUAUCUGUCUGACUUUGGAUUAUCAAGGCUUUUGGGUACCUCUGAGACGCAUGCAACAACCAGUGUAGCUGGCACAUUUGGAUAUGUUGCACCAGAGUAUGCUAUGACCUGUCGUGUAUCUGAGAAGGCUGAUGUUUACAGCUAUGGAGUUGUGCUGCUUGAGUUGAUAUCAGAUAAGAAAGCUUUGGAUCCUUCAUUCUCCUCAUGUGCAAAUGGUUUUAAUAUUGUCUCUUGGGCCUGCAUGCUGCUGCGACAAGGUCAGGCAAAGGAUGUGUUCACUACUAGGUUAUGGGAUACAGGUCCUCACGACCAUCUGGUAGAACUGCUGCAUUUGGCCAUCACAUGUACAGUUGAUAGCCUCUCAACCAGGCCAACUAUGAGGCAAGUUGUCCAAAGGUUGAAACGAAUUCAACCUUCUUUGGUAAGAUAAUGUGGUUUCUGGGUGCAUGCCAUGAUCUAGAAGGAACAAGUUAAGUGUACAAAUCAUAACAAACUUGUAAUUUGUACAUUAGCACCUAAAAUCCGAACUGUAAAGUUCAGGGGUUCUUGUUUUGGUUGGAAUAAGUUUCCUGUUCCCCUUGCUUAGGACAAUCCUUAUUGAUAUGAAGAAAAUAGCAUAUGUGAAUUUUGGGGAAAAAAUGCUUUUGGAGGCUGCUUUAUACAUGUGUUCCACCAGUUCUCUUUAAACUCCAAUUAUAAAACACAUAUUCCAAUUCAAUUAAACUCCCAAAUAAACUCUUAAUAGUUGUAUUUUAACGAGUAUUUUAAUUAAAAACAUGUAUACAUAUGUGACUAU